AUGGCGGAUGAGGAGUUCCACGAUUUCUACAAGUACACCCCGUCAAAAGCAGCAGCCAUCACUUUUAUUGCUUUGUUUUUGAUAUCAUCAAUUAUCCACCUAUUUCAGAUCGUGAAAGGCCGUGUUUGGUUUUUUAUUCCUUUACUUCUUGGUGGUAUAUUUGAGAUAGUUGGAUUUGGUGGGCGAGUUAUUUCCAGCACCGAGGCUCCCUUAUUUACGGACACGCCCUACAUUAUUCAGAAUCUCUUCCUUCUUCUAGCUCCUGCAUUGUUCGCAGCUUCUAUAUAUAUGGAGCUUGGCCGACUUGUCGUCGUGCUAGAAGCAGAACAACAUUGCAUUGUUCGACGCACUUGGAUGACCAAGAUCUUUGUUAUUGGGGAUAUCCUAUCGUUCGUCGUUCAAGGAAUCGGCGGUGGCAUUAUGGCAAGCGGCAAGCCCUCGAAUUUAUCACUUGGUGAGAAGGUCAUAGUGGUUGGCUUGAUAAUUCAAGUUCUAUUCUUUGGCUUCUUCAUCAUUGUGUCUGUCAUGCUUCACCUUCGAAUGAAUACCGCUCCAACUACUGCUUCGUUAUCACUGGGUUUCUCAUGGCGCAAGUAUUUAUACGGUCUUUAUGUGAUUUCUGCUCUGGUUAUGGUACGCUCCAUAUUCCGAGUUGCAGAAUUUGCACAGGGCUCGAACGGGACAUUAUUAAAGCAUGAAUACUACCUCUACAUAUUCGAUGCCACUUUGAUGUUAACUCUAAUGGUUGUCUUGAACGUGCUCCACCCAGGUGUGAUUUCAACCUUAGUCCGAGGAAAGAUGGCACUGAAAACAACGAGUUCCCUGGAGAUGCAGCCAGAAAGGAAUGAAUCGGCAGGAUUGAGAGGAUUUCAGCCAACAACCAUGAGGCCAAGUUUUACGGAAUCUAUUUAUGCAAGACAUGCCAUUGCGACAAGGGGCCUUGUGUGA